CUCAGAAACCUCUUUUGGAUGAUGAUCAAUUCAGGAAAACAAAACAACUGGCUGGCAAUUUUGAGAAUGGCAUCGGUAGAGAAUUGCAUAAUCAUUUGGUUGCAAAGGACAAACAAAACAAACAUACUAGUUACAUUUCAGGCUGCUAAACUUUAUGGUUUGGGAAAAAAGAACAGUCAGGAUGAGAUAAAGAAAAGGAAACUUACUUCAGCAGAUGGAGGAAUACCAGAACAUAAAGCAAGGAGACAGCAAAAAUAAGACAAAAAAAAAAGUGAAAGAGAGAGAACAAAAAUAGAAGAACAGCAAGGAAGAGAACAUUUAUAGAAUUUAGAUUAGUGAACUUAAUUUACAGGUAAUCCUUGACUUAUGACUGUUCAUUUAAUAACGGCUCAAUGUUACGAACGGCCUUGGAAAAAGUGGCUUAUGACCUGUACUUGCACUUACAAACCUUGCACCACCUGUUGGUCAUGUGAUGACAACUUGAGCACUUGGCAACAGGCUCACAUUUAUGACCGACUGCAGUGUCCUGCGGUCUCAUGAACAUGAUUUGUGACUUUCCCAGAUAGCUUUUGACAAACAAAGUCAAGUGGGGAAGCCAGAUUUCCUUAACAACCGCAGUCACGUGAGCACACGGUUAUGUGAUCAUGCUUUGUGAUCCCCUUUUUUGCUGAUUUCUGGCCAAAAAUGCCCAUUGGGGAAGAUGGAUUUGCUUAACAACUGUAUGAUCCACUUAUCGACUGUCAUAAAAAUUACUGUAAAAUUGGGUCCAACUUGUCUUAUGACUCCAAUGACUCCUAUGUUUUUCUCCUCUUCUUACAUGUAUGAUAUUGGCAUCUAAAAUGUACAUGAGUUACUACUGGAAUGGUCAGGCUCAUCAUGGUCAUGUGGUUUAUUAAGCAAAUGCUGUGGUCAUUAAGCAAACUCUUGAAGACUAUCUGUGCCUAGGGUUUGUAUACCACAUGCCCAUUAUUGGUAGAAAUCUCACCACAUUUAUUCUGUUCUAUUUCUCAGCUGAAUCCUUCUGUGAAAGAGUGACUCAUUACACAGUACAUAAACAAGACCCUGAAUUAAAUACUUGUGGAUUUAAAAUGCUAUCUGUCCCAUCCUAUUUGCUUGAGAGUAGGCUAAGAAGUGAUUAAUGCAUUAAAACUUAGCCAAAUUAUAAUCUUUCCACUGAAUGAAAAAACAAAAUGUGCAGAAGCAAAAUAUAGAGAGAGUCACAUGGAAAUGGAAAGAAUUGUAUCAUUAUUCUCCUUCCCCACCCCACCUAUUUUUCUUUUAUUUGAAAUAAAAUGCUAAAAGGUUUAUUUAUUUAAAUGAAAUUUAGGAAGACGAUAGCGAAGUAGCUCUCGGUUUCUGUGGGCAAUUAAUAAGCAGCAGCUGAGUAAAGUUGACCGAGAGAAAAUGGUUACUUAUAAGUGGAAUAUAAGUGGAAAAUCCAAGGUAAUUUUUGCAAAUCAAAAUCACACAAAAUUGCUUGAUUCCAUUCCAUAGGGGUAGCAACUCUGUCCUAAUUUGGAGCAGAAUUGGUGGUCUAGUAGUUAUUUACUACUUCCUUAUCAGUGUCUAGUGGUCUAGUAGUUAUUUACUACUUCCUUAUCAGUGUUCUGCAGAGCCCAGGAUUUGGGGUUGUAGACUUCUUUUCUGAUAGCUAGUUUACUGCUAACCUCUCAUGAACCUGUGAAAAUUAAAAAUUAGUAGCACAGGAAUGUCACUUUUAUACCAAUGUAUUUGUCUGAAGGGUCAGACUAUGCAGGCGAUUACCUUUUAUUUCUUACCAGUAUUAAUAUUUUUUUUUUGUAGUCCUCAUAUUUGUGAAGAAAUCCCAUACUUUUUAUGCCAAGUAUAGAAUUCAGUUACUUUAGUGGAUAGAAAGAAGCCAGGAAUUAGAAGUGAAAUCUUUGGUGGGGAACUGAAACUUUUGGAGAGAAAAAAGGAAAGAAAAACACAGGAAAGAGCAGAAGCAACAGGUAAAAAGGUAAAAGAAAAAGCUAGAGUGUAUUUGUAGGUGUCCUUUUUCAUUGAAGACAAAUGAUAAAUGGUCAAAGAGGAGAGCAAAUGGUAAAUGAGCACUGGAUGCAAAAUGAAUGCCCCACAUUAAAUUAAUGGCAGGAACUUUAAAAGAAAUUCUGUUUUCAGUUGUCACUAACUUGGAAACUUUUCUACCGCAUCCCAUAGAUCAGGGAUCUUCAAACUUGGCCCUUUUAUGACUUGUGGACUUCAACUGUCUGGCUGAGGAAUUCUGGGAGUUGAAGUCCACAAGUCAUAAAAGGGCCAAGUUUGAAGACCCCUGCCAUAGAGCUUCACUAAAUAUGCUUUUAACUGGAGUCCCUCACAUAAGCCUCCCAUGUUAAUGACAUUUGAAGAGCGGCGUGGUGGCCUAGUGAUGAAAAUGCUCACUGCCCACUCAGAAGGCUGAGAGUUUAAUCCUAGGUAAUGGCAGAUGUUUCUCACCCAGGGCGCAACGAAAAAAUAUCUGCUGCAAACUUUGCACGGUAUCAUGAAAGGCUUCCAGCCAGCAAACGAUCAGCUCCAUCCAGUUGCCCCGACUCUACCCCAAUUUAAGGGAUUACAUGGUCGUAAAAAGGGACUUAAUGAUACUUGAACUUUACUUCUAUGGUUGCUUCUUAAUUUCAGGUCCCUGGUUUGACAUGUAUCUUCAGGCACGGGAACCUAUUAUUCUUAACUUCAAUCCAUUCAUGGCUUUCACUCCUGACCCCAAACCUGAAUACAACGAUCAGCUUGUGAAAGCCACCAACAUGACAGUUGCUGCUUUACGUUUCUUGAAGACUCUUAGGGCAGGCAUCUUAGAACCAGAGGUGUUUCAUCUGAACCCCUCCAAAAGCGACACUCCCGGGUUCAAAAAGUUUAUUCGAUUGGUGCCUUCUUCUCUCUCAUGGUUUGGUGCCUAUAUGGUGAAUGCCUACCCACUAGACAUGUCACAAUACUUCAGACUUUUCAAUUCCACGCGGCUGCCUAAACCCAAGAAAGAUGAACUGUUUACAGAUGAGCAUGCAAGGCAUUUACUGGUGCUUAGAAAUGGCCACUUCUAUGUGUUUGAUGUGAUAGACCAAAACGGCAAUAUAGUGAAACCCUCAGAAAUUCAAGCCCAUUUAAAAUUUAUCCUUUCGGACAAUACUGCAGUUCCAGCAUCUCCUCUUGCUUAUCUAACUACCGAAAACCGGGACACCUGGGCGACUCUGAGACAGGAACUCCUUGACAAUGGCAACGGGGAGGCCUUAAGGAAAGUGGAUUCAGCCAUAUUCUGUCUGUGCCUUGAUGAUUUCCCAAUUAAAGAUGUCGACCAUUUGUCUCAUGCUAUGCUCCAUGGCGACGGCACUAACAGGUGGUACGACAAAUCAUUUAAUCUUAUUUUAGCUAAAGACGGCUCUGCAGCAGUUCACUUUGAGCAUGCUUGGGGAGAUGGUGUAGCUGUGCUUAGGUUCCAAAACGAAGUCUUUAAAGACAGCACUGAGACUCCUGCCGUUACUCCUCAGUCUCUGCCAGCUGCCUGCGAUUCGCAUGGAGCUGUAGAGAAGCUGAAUUUUAAACUGAACGAUGCCUUAAAAGAAGGAAUUACCAAAGCCAAGCAAAAUUUUGAUGCUACUGUGAAAACACUAACACUGAAGUCCUUGAAGUUUGAAAGAGGAGGCAAGGAAUUCAUAAAGACCCAGAAGCUGAGUCCUGAUGCCAUCGUCCAGCUUGCCUUCCAGUUGGCUUUUCUUAGGCAAUAUGGACAGACAGUUGCCACCUAUGAAUCUUGUAGCACAGCAGCAUUCAAACAUGGUCGCACUGAAGCGAUCCGGCCUGCUUCAGUUUACACAAAGGCAUGCUCGGAGGCAUUAGUCAAGAGGCCGUCCAAGCACAGUACUGUGGAAUUACGCCAGAUGAUCACAGUGUGCUCCACGUAUCACAGUCAACUCACAAAAGAAGCUGCUCUGGGUCAGGGAUUUGAUCGUCACCUCUUUGCAUUGCGGUGUGAAGCAGAAUCCCAAGGAAUUUCUUUGCCAGAUCUUUACAAGGACCAAGCUUAUGCCCUAAUUAAUCACAACAUUCUCUCCACAAGUACUUUGAACAGCUCAUCUGUGAACCUGGGUGGAUUUGGGCCGGUGGUGCCUGAUGGAUUCGGUUUAGGUUAUAGCAUACACGAUAACUGGAUCGGGUGCAAUGUUUCGGCUUAUCCAUCUAGGAAUGCACCAGAAUUCCUGCAGUGUGUGCACAAGUCACUGGAUGAUAUUUUUGAUAUUUUAGAAGGGAAACAAAUUAGUAAUUAAGAUAGAGCAGGGCUGGCUUUCUUAAAUGUGUGGCUUCCUCUGGCUCAAGGGUAAUGUUCUAGCUCAGGGGUAGGCAACCUUGGCUCUUUUAUGACUCGUGGACUUCAACUCCCAGAAUUCCUGAGCCAGUUGAAGUCCACGAGUCAUAAAAGAGCCAAGGUUGCCUACCCCUGUUCUAGCUGGACUAUGACCUGUUUCUCCUUUUUAAAAAUGACAGAUUUAAGGUCUGGAGAAAAAAAAAAGAAUGUAAAGAUUAAAGAGCCGGCCCACUAGGUUUUAACAUUUGCCGUGACUAAAUUGUUACAUUGAUUUUAAUGGCUGUUCUCUAAAUAUGACUAAGGCUAGAUCCAACUCUCUUAAGUGUAAAUGGACUUCAAUUGUAAAAAAAAGUGUUGUUUACUAUCUAUCAGCCAACAGAAGGUCUUGCAGUAUGUUGCUUGAUACAUCUUCGAGGAUUCAUUCGAUCUUUGCUAAUAUAUAUGUUUAAUUUUUAAUACACAUUAACUAUCAAAUAUAUGACUGGCUGACUUUUAGAUAGCAACACCCUUUUUGUGAGGCUUUAUGUAAAAGACAAUCCAGUAUUAUACAUUUAUUUUUGUAAUAGGAAAGAAAUCUUGACUAGCAUGUUCAUUGGAGCAGAAAUGUUCAUAUACUUCCUGAGAUCUGCCUUGUGACACUCAAGUGAAAUUUUUGGAAUUCUUAUAACAAACAGUUACAGGAAUAUUCAAGCACCAAAUUUACCCAAGAAGAAAAAAAAAGUCCUGUAUGUAAGACGAAGGAUUUGCUUCUGUUUAGUCUUCCUUCCUCACAAGCAAAAAUCUUGUAAAAAUGCCCAUUUCUGUGCCUAGUAAACUGAAGUUAACUACUACAGAGAACGAUAGAAUUGUGCGAUUCGAAGUGAAACUCUAGCUGACACACUGAUCACUAGGCAUCAUCACGGCCACCCUGGUGUUCGGUGUAACUGAAAAUAUGAUACAGGAUACACACUGGGUACUACUACACUUGAUCUUAGCCAAAAGACCAAGAAGCGAUACACACUGGGUAAAAAAAAAAAUCUCUCCUCAAAUAAAUGGGGUGGAAAUCAUAUAAAAUGGCAUACAUGGAGAAAUAACAAGAAACAUUCAUGUCUGCUCUGAAAGCUUAAAGGAUGAUAAUGCAGAUAGUCCUCAACUUACAGCCACAUUGGGACCAGGAUUUCCAUUGUUAAGCAAGGUGGUUGAUAAAUGCCUCACACCUGAUUUUACAAGCUUUCUGCCACGGUGAAUUGCCGCAGUUGUUAAGUGAAUCACGUGGUCAUUAAGAGAAUUCACCUUGCCCUAUUGACUUUUCUCCUUGGAAGCCAGCUGGGAAGGUCACAUGUGGUAAUCACAUGAUCUAAAGAGGCUGCAAUCUUCACAAACACAAACCAGUUGCCAAGCACGCAAAUUUUCAUCACAUGACUGUGGGGAUGCUAUGAUGGUCGUUAAGUGUGAGGACGAGUCAUUUUUUUUUUCAAUGCUGUUGUAACUUCAAACGGUCACUAUAUAAUGGUUGUUAAGUCAAGGACUACCUGAAAUAUCAUUCUGUCAGAGCUUCCAGCUGGAAUGUAUCCUGAAAGCUUCCUGUUGAAUAACUGUGACAUUGUAUGUCGACGUACAUCCAUUUAUAUGUGUCUACUAGAAGCUACAUAACAAACAAAAACCAAAAUAACUAUAACUAAUGGUGCCUAAGUAAAAUUAAUUGCCUAAAAAAUAAAAAAUAAGGUUCCUCAUUGAGAAAAUUGUUUCUUAUGCAAUGAAACAUAAGAAUACAGACUUAUAUAUUCUUUUAUCUCCCAACAAAAUCAGGUCCACCCCUUUCACCUAGAACUAUUCAUAUCUUCCCAAGAGGAGACGCUUAGAGUCCCCAUUAUACGAUUGAUAUUAAGGAACAGCUUGGUUCCUGAGAUUUGAUUGAUGCCCACUUGGUUGGCUUUAUGGAAGGCUUUUGAGAACGGUCCUUUUCUGAGAAGCAUUCAGCCUUUUUGUUUCAUUAUUUGAUGCCUGGGCUGGCUUUACACUGGUACUUUUUUCUUAUUUUGUAGCUAGACAUUUUAUAGAGGGUUGAAAGGCCAUUGCGCUUUUUAAUCCUUGCCUUUUUAGUUUUUGUCAACAGCGUUGAUUGUAUUAAGGACAACAGGACAGAGGUGGAAUCAAGGGGAAAGGGUAGGAAGGAAAGGAAAAAGGGAAUACAACCAGCUGGGGAUGAGAAGUGAUAGCUUGAAGUAAACAUAAAGGGCUGAAAUACUAGACAAGCAGUUCUUCCCUAGCAGGAGCUUAUUUUCAGACUAUAUUUAAAAGCAUCUACUCUUGGGUAGAGGGAUAUCUUCCGACAUUGUCAUUCACGUGGAUUAUAAUGUUUUUAGUUGUCUCCUCUCUUCUUGGGGCAGCCUGAUGGCUCAGCAGUCAAGACCUUGGGCUUGUCAUCUGGAAAGCUGGCAGCCCAGAUUCAAGACUCGAGCGCCAAGUGACAGGGUGAGCUCCCGUCUUCACCCCAGCUCCUGCCAACCUGGCAGUUCAAAAACAUGUAAAUGCAAGUAGAUAAAUAGGUGCUACUUCAGUGGGAAGGUAACAGCACUCUGUGACAUCAUGCUGGCCACAUGACCGCAGAAAUGUCUUUGGAUCGUGCUGGCUCAAUGGCCUUGAAAAAAGAGAUGAGCAUUGCUCCCUAUAGUCAGCAACAACUAGCGGAGGGAGGUCUGCAGUCAUUUCCACCCUAACUAUUCAUCUUUCUGCACAAUAAAGUGUAUUUAACCUAGAAGCAUCCAACACAUGUUAUUUCUAAGAUACUCAGAAUAUUUUUGUUUUUCUUGAUAAAUUAAGAACGUAUAAUAUCUGCCUCUGUUAAAAACUGUUUCACCUACAAUGCUAUAUGAAAAUAUGUUUAUCUGUUCUGAAUAAAGCUCACUGGAAUGGAAUGAGUAUUACUCUUAAGUGUUUAUAAGAAAUGGAACUGAAAUGUGAAUUCUCAGGAUAUUACAUGGAUGUCUUAUUUGUAGACUGGCUUGUUCCAAGAUAAAGCUUGUGGUGUUAAUUGCAUGUAUUUUUUUCAGACAAUAAAAAAAUAACAGCAUGUGGGCAAAAA